GCAGCACGUCCCAAUAAUAAACAAGUUUCCCGUUCAUGCAUACAAUUGGCAUCGUGUCAGAAACAUGAUGUGUUGGCAACCAGCCCGCCACGUAGGGACCGUCCGGCGGUCAAGACGUGGUGGCCCGGAAGCAUCAUGUCGCGAUGCAGGAUGUCGGUCGAUGUUUUUUCCUUCUCUUGCACAUUAAGUAAUUGCUAGGAGGGAUUUUCAGUGAGUCAAUUGACUAUCAGGUCAGGGCACUUGUCGAAGGAGCGUUGGAUCAAUUGACUUGGGGAAUCUCUGGAGAAGAAUUUCGAUUUGAAAGAAACCGCAUUCGAGUUUCGACGGAGCGCCCAGUCCAUUAAUCGAGGUUCCAGCGUGGUGGUUCGAUAGGGCUGACUUUCCUCGACACACCGAAUACCCUCAAAAAAUUUUUUUUUCCACCCGCAUUCUCGACAUUAUGGGUUCUUCGCAAAGUACCCUCGACAGAUCCAUAAAAAGAGCUCUCGGUAAAGAUAGAGAUCUGUACGCUUUUCCAGGAAAUCCUUUCUACGCACUCAGAGAUGUCAAAUUAUACAAUCAGACAUAUCCGGUCAAACCAGCUGCGGUCGUAUAUCCGAAGACUGCUGCUCAGGUAGCGGCAGUGAUUAAAUGCGCUGUCGAUGCGGGUCGGAAAGUCCAAGCUCGCUCGGGUGGACACAGCUAUGCCAAUUAUUGUCUGGGAGGGAUCGAUGGUGCAGUGGUCAUUGACUUGAAACAUUUUCAGCAUUUUUCAAUGGAUCCUGAAACAUUUAUUGCCACUGCUGGAGGUGGAACUCUACUUGGAAAUUUGACCAAGAAGAUGCAUGAUGCUGGACAUCGUGCAAUGGCUCAUGGGACCUGUCCCCAAGUUGGUCUUGGUGGACACGCAACCAUAGGAGGCCUCGGGCCAAGUUCUCGUCUCUGGGGCGCUGCUCUUGAUCACAUUGAAGAGAUUGAGGUUGUGCUUGCCGAUUCAUCGAUCAAACGGGCGUCCGCAACUCAGAAUUCCGACAUCUUCUGGGCUGUGAAGGGAGCAGGUGCCAGUUUUGGAGUCGUGACGGAAUUCGUGUUGCGUACGGAGAAAGAACCUGGCGAAGCUGUGCACUUCUCGUAUUCUUUCACAAUCGGCACCUAUGCUUCCAUGGGAGUAGUAUUCAAAGCGUGGCAAAAGUUCGUCGCCAAUCCGAGUCUCAGCCGCAAAUUUGCUUCUGAGGCAAUCAUCACUGAAGUCGGGUUGAUCAUAUCUGGGACUUACUACGGAUCCAAGAAAGAAUAUGAUGCCCUAGAGAUGGACGAUAGAUUUCCAGGACAUCAAAAAGCCAAGACGAUUGUUUUCCGAGAUUGGUUGGGACUUGUAGCGCACUGGGGCGAAGAAGUAGCCUUGCUACUCGGCGGAGGGCUGUCUGGUCCCUUGUAUACGAAGUCCAUGACUUUCAAUGGUUGCGAUCUCAUUCCAGACAGUGUUAUUGACUCGCUGUUCAGCUACCUCGACCAAGUAGAAAAGGGGACACUGAUCUGGUUCAUAAUUUUCGAUCUGGCAGGGGGCGCUGUAAAUGACAUUGCACAAGAUGCGACAGCAUAUGCACACCGCGAUGCUCUUUUCUACCUCCAGUCUUACGCUGUCGGUGUAGGUAAAGUCGCAGAGAAAACCAAGAAUUUCCUCAGAGGCGUCAACACGCUUCUGAAGGACGGAACUCCUGGAGGCGACGAGUUUGGAGCCUACGCUGGAUAUGUCGACCCUGAACUUCCAGACGGUCCUCUAGCUUACUGGCGCACAAAUUUGCCUCGACUGGAACAAAUCAAAAGCAUGGUCGACCCCGACGACGUCUUCCAUAAUCCUCAGAGCGUGGAGCCAGCCGGCUCACGAGAGACGCCAUCUCCAAAUGGUGUCCUGAAGAAGGCCAAACCAAAGUCGCGCAAACGAAUAUUCUGUUUCUGAUUCGAACCAAGACUGAAUUAUGUACGAAUAGAGCCAGGAUUUCCAUUUAUAACAAUAUCGCGAUCAAACCUCGUGAUGCCGUAUUUACGUAUUUCCACGAUACCAAGCACAUUUUUGCUUGAUGAUUUUUCUUUUCGACGUUCGAUACCCUUAGGAGGCCAAUUUGCUGAAAAUUAACGAAGAUUGCGGGGUUUUGGAUGAUAUCACACGCGUUCGGGUUGCAUUCCCUUUUAAAAAGUUGAUCCGAGGCUUGUCCAUGCAAGUCCCGACCUAUCCUGGCCCUUGAAUCGGGAAGGGGCCAAUUGAUCUCUGUGUUGGCGAAAUUACGUGAGCAGCUGGAGGCUUUUCAGUUUGGUAGAGGGGUAUUUCCAGUAUCAUGUAAGACUUUAGGCCACCGAAGCGAAUGACCUUAAGUGGGCCAAUGCGGGCCUCACAACAAUAAAUUGCAAGACAGAUCUAAUACAUAGAAUGUACAUUUUCUUGUCGAUGUCGGUC